UUGGAGAAUACGGUUCGGAUGUUCCUUAACUAGAGACAAGAGCUUCUUCCCUCGGUAAAGCAAGCUUGAACUGUGCGGUGUGUCAUGGAGGUGGAAGGGGGGCCAAAAAGCCGCUCGUGUCAUACCACACACCGGAGGAUUUAGUGGCUGUUCCAGUGACAGGUGACAGUCUAAGGGUGUCAACUUCAGCUGGGAAAAACAACAGAGCGCACGGACGCAUCGGAGAAGGGGGCACAGCGGCGGUGAGCUCUCCGCAGCACCUUCUGUCGGCGGGGAGUUGUACGUCACGGAAUCCGUCUCUCGUUCUCAGGUGGCCCGAUCGGGAUUGUCUCAUCCUUGUGUUGCCAUGGCGAUGCGGGAGCUGGUGGAGGCCGAAUGCGGCGGGGCCAAUCCGCUGAUGAAGUUGACCGGUCACGUGACCAAGGACGGCGGCGCGUGGCGGCACCGCGCCACACCGACGAUUCCCCCGACUCCCAUCGAAAUCGCAACGGAAGAUGAGCUGGUCAACGAAUUCCUUCAGGCCCCCCCACGUCCCCCACACACCUUCGACAUGGGUCAGCUGCUGGAGGAGAUGCAGCAGAUCGACCAGCAGAGCUACAGACAGGCUCCGCAGAGAGCUCCAGAUGUGGCGGCGUUGGCUCUCUCGGGCGACUGGGCGGCGGAGUUUGUCUCGGGCUCGGAAUCCACAUCGACCUCGGGCCUCGUCGCACUUGGAGACGCUGCGGACGCCGACUGGACCAAAGAAUUCAUCGCUCAGGCUGCGGAUCCUGGACGCUGGGCAGAGGAGUAUCUGGAACAGUCGGAGGAGAAGCUGUGGCUGGGAGACUUUGGAGACAAGGAGAACGAGUGGACAAAGGAGUACCAACCGGCAGACGAGUUGAGACAGACGGCCAACGAGCUGGUCUCCAAGGUUCACGACCCCAAGCUACAAAACACGGAGUUCCUGCGGUUCGUUAGGCAAAUUGGAGAGGGCAGUGUGACAGUGGAGAGCAGGACAGACAAACGGCUGACAGAUAACGCUCAGGCCGAGGAGGCUCGCAACUGGGCUUCCAACCUCAAGCAGUUCCUGAUGGAAACUGGGGGAGGGAGUCUUCCCUUGGAAUCCACAGAGAGGAACGAGAAGAUUGACAAAGCUAACGCUAAGCAGGCACAGCACUGGGCCAAGGUCGUCAGGCAGGUGUCGCAGGAGUCCGCCGAAGCCUGGGUGGACGAGUUCACGGCGGCGGGACCGGAUUUCCACCAAGCCAAAGCCGCGGUGGAGAGUGAUGUGGAUUUCUGGGAGAAACUGCAACAGGAGUGGGAGGAGAUGGCCAAACGGGACGCGGAGAGUCACCCCUGGCUUUCGGACUUUGAUCAGCUACUCAGCUCGUCUUACGAUAAGGGGUACCAGUUUGAAGAGGACAACCCUUACCUGUCCCACCAGGACCCUCUGACGGAAGGCCUGAAGAGGAUGGAGGCGGGGGACAUCCCCGGGGCCGUUCGCUUCUUUGAGAGCGCCGUACAGAAAGAACCGGACAACCAACUGGCUUGGCAAUAUCUGGGAACAUGUCAAGCAGAGAACGAGCAAGAAUUUGCUGCCAUCAGCGCCCUCCGCAGAUGUGUGGAGCUGAAGAACGACAACCUGACCGCUCUGAUGGCGCUGGCCGUCAGCUUCACCAACGAGUCGCUACACCGGCAGGCCUGCGAGACUCUCCGCGACUGGCUCAAGCACAACCCCAAAUACGGCGGCGUGUGGGAGCAGCACGAGCGGGAGCGCCAGCAGGACGCCUCGCGACAAAGGGAAAAGGAGAAGGAGCGCUUUGGUUCGUUGCUGCCAGAGUCCUUAUUUACAGAUGUGCAGAGUUUGUUCCUGCGUGCGGCCAACGCGGACCCUGCGCAGGUGGACCCUCAGCUGCAGUGCGGCCUGGGCGUCCUCUUCAACCUCAGCGGCGAGUACGACAAAGCGGUGGACUGCUUCACUGCAGCGCUCUCUGUCACGCCACAGGACUACUUACUGUGGAACAAGCUCGGGGCCACGCUGGCCAACGGGAGCCGUUCAGAGGAGGCAGUGGCCGCCUACAGGAGAGCCCUGGAAUUGCAGCCAGGGUUCGUCCGCAGCCGCUACAACCUCGGAAUCAGUUGUGUCAACUUAGGAGCGCACAGGGAGGCGGUGGAGCACUUCCUGGAAGCCUUGUCCCUUCAGCGCCAGGCCGGCGGCGGCGCGGAGGCGCGAGCCACGCGGGGCCCCGCCAGCACCGCGGCCACCAUCAUGUCAGACAACAUCUGGUCCACGCUGCGCAUGGCUCUCAGCAUGAUGGGCGAGAGCUCGCUCUACUCGGCCGCCGACCGCCGCGACCUGGACGCGUUGCUAGCCCACUUCUGCCAGAGGGAGGUGGACGGCGGGCCACAAUGAUGGUCCGGCACGGGGGGGCUUAUUGCGUGUGAAUGCUCCCCGCGAGGAGGAACAUGUUUGGGACUGAAAGGGACAACAAGACGGAACUGAGGAGGAAGACACUCUGACUGGUCCUCCAAUCGUCAACCGGUGCCCUUGUGGUACAACUGCAGUUUUCGUCUCAGCCAACCGGAAUGCAUUUGGUUUAUUUUGCAAAUUCCACAGUCCUGCGGGUUCCUUUUAUAAUGCAUUGACAGUUUCGUAAUCACACCAUCGCUGUUUUUUGCCCCGCUUCAAAAAGAAGUUGUUUGUCUGGCUGUAAACUCCAGCAUGGUUAUUAUGUACAGUAGAUUGAUGGACAGCGUGGGUGCCAAUUUUUAAGUUGCACCACUUUUGUCACGAGAAAUCACGUUAAAUCAAUUAUUUGUUUUUUUUGUAUAGAUAUUUAAUUCCCUCCUCCCCAUAAUCAUCUACGAGCCAGGCCGCUGAAGUCAACACCUGUAAAACUUUACAUCACACAUCUUUUGCACUGCACCGAGUGAUUGAUUGUGUGCGAGAAGGAAUUUGCGCAGUGUGAAAGUACUUUUGUGUUCAUGUUGGUUUGCGUACUUGUGUGUGAAUGAGUUUGCAAGGGUGAGAGUUCGUUUUAAGGGUAAGCAUGUUUGUGUGAGAGGGAGGAUUUGUGUGUGCGUGUGUUGACCAGCUAGCGACAUAUUGAAUGAUAGGAUCAUAUUUGUGCAAUAUGAUUGCUUCCCCGUGGGCUCCUCCCUUCAUUCAAAUCUCGUCAAACACUUGCCACACUGUAAAUUGCGAGGACAGCAUAACGCGCAUUAUUGCAACGGAAUUGUUUUCAGGCAACUGGCUGCUUGGCUGCAGUGUUUCAUAUAAUCAUCAACAAUAAAGCUUUGAUUCAAA